CUCGGGUCAACUAGUCUGCUUCAGAGGGUUAGCAGCAGCGAGCCAGCGAGUAGCGAGGUGGUGGGACCACGUCCCAUCGUGGACGCUGGUUGGUUAUCCGACGGAGCCGAGCUCGUUUCCCCUCCCAUGGCAGCGCACCACCAGCACCGCCUCCGCCUUCCCCCGCCUCCCCGCCCGCUCCGGCCAGUCUCCGUCCCCGCACCACACCUUUCCGGCCGCCGCCACCGCGCGCGCCCUCCCUCCGUCUCCUUCCGCCCUCCACCACCGCCGCCGCCGCCGUCUCCCCGUCCUCCUCUCCCCAAGAAGCACGCCGACUACGAGGCCGCGACGGAUACUGGGGAGGAGGGCGGCGCGGUGGUAGAUGACGAGGCCGAGGGGGACGAGCAGCGGGAUUACGGAGAGUACGUGGCGAGCGUGGGCGCGGGCCUCCCGGCACAUCUUCGCGCGGCCCGCGCAGGGCCCGGCGGGGACCCGUUGUUUUUCCUCCUGACUGCCGUCGCCGUCACGACGUCCGUAGCGUUCACGGGCAUGGUGGCCGUCGCGAUUCCAACGAUGCUGGCUAUGAGGAGAGCCGCCAAUUCAUUUACUAUGCUGGCUGAUGCAGCUCUGGAGGAGUUACCAAGUACAAUGGCCGCUGUAAGGCUCUCUGGCAUGGAAAUCAGUGAUCUCACCCUUGAACUUAGUGACUUGAGUCAUGAGAUAGCAGAUGGUGUCAACAAGUCAGCCAAGGUUGCUCAAGCAGUGGAAGCUGGCAUCGGACAAAUGCGGGACAUAGCGCGACAGCAGGCAAUAUCAAUAAUAGAAGAGCGAGCAAACUUGCGGACUAUCCCCACUACAGGGCCAGAUAAGAGGUCCCAUGAAUCUUCUAGCCGGCAGCUACGACAGAAAGGACCAGAUGUCUGAUUCUGAAGUUUUUCUUUUCUUCUAGGGGAUGUAUGCUCUUUUUUAUCUUUGUAGGCUUCCUGUGAAGUAUUUACCUGAAGUGAUGUUUGCUAGGCAUUUUGUUCGUCUUUGUAAAUGAAAUAAAAAUGUAACAUCCCAGAUACCCUCUUUUGUCCCAUCGGCGCAACAUUGUAAGGCAUUUUUCAUCUGGUCUGCUCUGUUAUAAAACUCAGAAUGUAAGGCAUUUUGGCCGAUUUGA